AUGAUGAAUUCCAUGGCCCAGCUGUACUACAAGAAGGCGAGCUACUCGCCGUACCGCGACCGCAUCCCACUGCAGAUCGUGCGGGCGGAAGCGGAGCUGUCAGCGGAGGAGCGGGCGUACCUGACGGCGGUGGAGAAGGGUGACUAUGCCGGGGUGAAGCUGGCCCUGCAGGAGGCGGAGAUCUACUACAAUAUCAAUGUGAACUGCCUGGACCCGCUGGGGCGCAGUGCGCUGCUCAUCGCCAUCGAGAACGAGAACCUGGAGGUGAUGGAGCUGCUGCUCAACCACGGCGUGCACGUGGGCGACGCGCUGCUCUACGCCAUCCGCAAGGAGGUGGUGGGGGCCGUGGAGCUGCUGCUGUCCCACCGCAGGCCCAGCAGAGAGAAACAGGUAAGGAGGACCUUAGGAGCACAUUUCAGCUAGUUACCUAGGCCUAGAAGGUCCUUACUGUAGCCCAAUUAGCAUGAUGUGACAGACAGGUUACAUGUUAUGUAUAUGCUAUAAAGGUCAUGUAUAUGUUAUGUAAGCAGUGGUGUAAAGUACUUAAGUAAAAAUACUUUAAAGUACUACUUAAGUAGUUUUUUUGGGUAUCUGUACUUUACUUUACUAUUUAUAUUUUUGACAACUCUUACUUUUACUUCACUACAUUCCUAAAGAAAAUAUUGUACUUUUUACUCCAUACAUUUUCCCUGACAACCCAAAGUACUAGUUACAUUUUGAAUGCUUAGCAGAACAGGAAAAUUGUGAAAUUCACGCACUUAUCAAGAGAACACGUGGUCAUCCCUUCAAUCGAACACUGCUGGCACCCGCCCACCCGACUAGAAUCACUACUCUCGACGGGUCUGACCUAGAGUAUGUGGACAACUACAAAUACCUAGGUGUCUGGUUAGACUGUAAACUCUCCUUCCAGACUCACAUUAAGCAUCUCCAAUCCAAAGUUACAUCUAGAAUCGGCUUCCUAUUUCGCAACAAAGCCUCCUUCACUCAUGCUACCAAACAUGCCCUCGUAAAACUGACUAUCCUACCGAUCCUUGACUUCGGCGAUGUCAUUUACAAAAUAGCCUCCAACACUCUACUCAGCAAAUUGGAUGUAGUCUAUCACAGUGCCAUCCGUUUUGUCACCAAAGCCCCAUAUUCUACCCACCACUGUGACCUGUACGCUCUUGUUGGCUGGUCCUCACUACAUAUUCGUCGCCAAUUCCACUGGCUCCAGGCCAUCUAUAAAUCACUGCUAGGCAAAUCCCUGCCUUAUCUUAGCUCAUUGGUCACCAUAGCAACACCCACCCGUAGUAUGCGCCCCAGCAGGUAUAUCUCACUGGUCAUCCCCAAAGCCAACACCUCCUUUGGCCGCCAUUCCUUCCAGUUCUCUGCUGCCAAUGACUGGAACGAACUGCAAAAAUCUCUGAAGUUGGAGACUCUUAUCUCCCUCACUAACUUUAAGCAUCAGUUGUCAGAGCACCUUACCGAUCACUGCACCUGUACACAGCCCUUCUGAAAUUAGCCCACUCAACUACCUCAUCCCCAUAUUGUUAUUUAUUUUGCUCAUUUGCACCCCAGUAUCUCUAUUUGCACAUCAUCUCUUGCACAUCUAUCAUUCCAGUGUUAAUACUAAUUGUAAUUAUUUUGCACUAUGGCCUAUUUAUUGCCUUACCUCCAUAACUUGCUACAUUUGCACACACUGUAUAUAUAUUUUCUGUUGUAUUUUUGACUUUAUGUUUUGUUUUACCCCAUAUGUAACUCUGUGUUGUUGUUUUUAUCGCACUGCUUUGCUUUCUCUUGGCCAGGUCGCAGUUGUAAAUGAGAACUUGUUCUCAACUGGCUUACCUGGUUAAAUAAAGGUGAAAUAAAAAAAUAAUACUGCCUAUGUUCUGACGAACUCACUAAACACAAAUGCAUCUUUUGUAAAUAAUGUCUGAGUGUUGGAGUGUGACCCUGGCUAUCCGUACAUUUUUAAAACAAGAAAAUGGUGCCAUCUGCUUUGCUUAAUAUAAGGAAUUUGAAAUGGUUUAUACUUUUACUUUUGAUACUUAAGUAUAUUUUAGCAAUUACAUUUACUUUUGAUACUUAAGUAUAUUUAAAACCAAAUACUUUUAGACUUUUACUCAAGUAGUAUUUUACUGGGUGACUUUCACUUUUACUUUAGUAACUUUCUAUUAAGGUAUCUAUACAUUUACUCAAGUGUGACAAUUGGGUACUUUUCCCACCAAUGUAUGUAAGUUAUACAGGUUCUGCUCUUGCCUGGGGCGCAUUCAGUACUCCCUCUACUCCCCAACCUGUUCUAUUCUCCAGGUGCCCAACCUGAUGAUGGAUACCCAGUUCUCAGAGUUUACCCCUGACAUCACACCCAUCAUGCUGGCAGCUCACACCAACAACUACGAGAUCAUCAAGCUGCUGGUCCAGCGUAAAGUCACCAUCCCCCGGCCACACCAGAUCCGCUGUGACUGUGUGGCGUGCGUCUCCAGCUCUGAGGUGGACAGCCUGCGCCACUCCCGCUCCCGCCUCAACGUCUACAAGACCCUAGCCAGCCCAUCGCUCAUUGCCCUGUCUAGCGAGGAUCCCAUCCUGACCGCCUUCCGCCUGGGCUGGGAGCUGAAAGAGCUGAGCAAGGUGGGGAACGAGUUCCUUCAGGAUUACCAGGAGUUUUCCCAGUAGUGUUAAGGGUUUAUGAAGGGUUUAUAAAGGGUUUAUCAAGGGUUUAUAAAGGGUUUAUAACUAGUUUAUUACUCUUCCAGGUGGAGAAUGAGUUCCGUCAGGAGUACGAGGAGUUGUCCCAGCAGUGUAAGCUGUUUGCCAAGGACCUGCUGGACCAGGCCAGGAGCUCCAGAGAGCUGGAGACCAUCCUCAACCACCGUGACCACCUCAGUGAGGAGCUGGACCCACAGGACUGCCGCGACCUAGCCAAGCUCAAACUGGCCAUCAAGUACCACCAAAAAGAGGUGAGAGGGAGAGGAGGGAGGGCCCUGCAGAAGGUGUCUGUCUGGUAUCGUGAGGGUGUCCUUAGCUGAAUGGAUUGGCACUGUAUCAGGUCAAGUGCUCUGUGGGCAGUAUGCUGGCAGUGUUACUUAUUUCAGACUUACAUAUUUCAACAAACACAUCUUUCUGUGAGUGCCAAUGAUGAAUUUCCAUGCGUUGUUUCCUAGGCUAUUUCUUUAUGCAGCAAAAUGUCAGUUGCUGCCAUUGACAUUGACAAAACACUUGACCAAUAAUAAUCUACAACACUAGAGGAAAUGAACCUGUCAAUUGAGAAGAGCGCAGUGAUUAGAAGAGAUCUGUUGUUUGCGGCUAUUGUAGACAAUGGAAGCUUGAUGGUUGAGCACUUUAAUUCAAAUCAUCUUGAUAUUGAACAGUGAUAACAGGACCAAUUUGAGUUGUGUCAGAAAUUGUAGUCAUUUCACCCUCUAUUUAUAGCAAAUAACUACAGGAAUAGCAUGUAGAAGUGAGUCACAACUCGUCUUAGUGGUGUUGAACUCUUUCUGAGAGGGUUAGAGGUGUACUGAGGGCAGCAUGAAUGAAACAAGAGACUAAGGCAAGUGGAGAGCUUGGGUGAUCAGCUGGCUUGUGUUCUCUCUCAUUGCCACCUAAAGGGAUCUAUUCACAGUUUACUAUACCACUGAGAAUUCUUCCAUUCCAUUGCUUCUUUUUUUUAUUUUUUUUAAUACGUCAGUAUGAAAAUGUAUGCACUCACUAACUGUAAGUCGCUCUGGAUAUGAGCGUCUGCGAAAUGACUAAAAUGUAAAUGUAAAUGUUUGGCACGCUGUCUUUCUUCUUUCUUUCACUUUUGUCCCCCCGGGAGAGGUCUGACAAACACACCCUCACGUAUGUGUAGGCCAAACAACAGCACACACUCAUGCAUACACACAUACAGACACACACACACGCACACACACACUCCUUUCAUCCUCCUCUUGAUUGGAAAGCUGGCAUUUGGUUGCUCCUUUGUUGUGAGCUGAAAACUCUAUUUCUGUCUGCAGUGUAAUAAACUGACAGUCUUCUGCAGCCCUGCGGGACUGUUAAGAUAACCUAGCCAACCAAACUGGGGAAAAGGCCAGGAAGAAUAAUCAUGCCUUGGUCAUCAAGUAGGCUACAGCUCUUUCAUCCUUCAUCCUCAGACCACUACAGUCGUGGUCAAAAGUUUUGAGAAUGACACAAGUAUUGGUCUUCACAAAGUUCGCUGCUUCAGUGUUAUGAGAUAUUUUUGUCAGAUGUUACUAUGGUAUACUGAAGUAUAAUUACAAGCAUUCCAUAAGUGUCAAAGGCUUUUAUUGACAAUUACAUUAAGUUUAUGCAAAGAGUCAAUAUUUGCAGUGUUGACCCAUCUUUUUCAAGACCUCUGCAAUCUGCCCUGGCAUGCUGUCAAUUAACUUCUGGGCCACAUCCUGACUGAUGGCAGCCCAUUCUUGCAUAAUCAAUGCUUGGAGUUUGUCAGAAUGUGUGGGUUUUUGUUUGUCCACCCGCCUCUUGAGGAUCGACCACAAGUUCUCAAUGGAAUUAAGGUCUGGGGAGUUUCCUGGCCAUGGACCCAAAAUGUCGAUGUUUUUUUCCCCGAGCCACUUAGUUAUCACUUUUGCCUUAUGGCAAGGUGCUCUAUCAUGCUGGAAAAGGCAUUGGUCGUCAGCAAACUGUUAUUGGAUGGUUGGGAGAAGUUGCUCUCGGAGGAUGUGUUGGUACCAUUCUUUAUUCAUGGCUGUGUUCUUAGGCAAAAUUAUGAGUGAGCCCACUCCCUUGGCUGAGAAGCAACCCCACACAUGAAUGGUCUCAGGAUGCUUUACUGUUGGCAUGACACAGGACUGAUGGUAGCGCUCACCUUGUCUUCUCCGGACAAGGUGUUUUCCGGAUGCCCCAAACAAUCGGAAAGGGGAUUCAUCAGAGAAAAUGACUUUACCCCAGUCCUCAGCAGUCCAAUCCCUGUACCUUUUGCAGAAUAUCAGUCUGUCCCUGAUGUUUUUCCUGGAGAGAAGUGGCUUCUUUGCUGCCCUUCUUGACACCAGGCCAUCCUCCAAAAGUAUUUGCCUCACUGUGCAUGCAGAUGCACUCACACCUGCCUGCUGCCAUUCCUGAGCAAGCUCUGCACUGGUGGUGCCCCGAUCCCGCAGCUGAAUCAACUUUAGGAGACGGUCCUGGCGCUUGCUGGACUUUCUUGGGCGCCCUGACGCCUUCUUCACAACAAUUGAACCUCUCUCCUUGAAGUUCUUGAUGAUCCGAUAAAUGGUUGAUUUAGGUGCAAUCUUACUAGCAGCAAUAUCCUUGCCUGUGAAGCCCUUUUUGUGCAAAGCAAUGAUGACAGAACGUGUUUCCUUGCAGGUAACCAUGGUAAACAGAGGAAGAACAAUGAUUUCAAGCACCACCCACCUUUUAAAGCUUCCAUUCUGUUAUUCUAACUCAAUCAGCAUGACAGAGUGAUCUCCAGCCUUGUCCUCGUCAACACUCUCACCUGUGUUAACGAGAGAAUCACUGACAUGAUGUCAGCUGGUCCUUUUGUGGCAGGGCUGAAAUGCAGUGGAAAUGUUUUUUGGGGAUUAAGUUCAUUUUCAUGGCAAAGUGGGACUUUGCAAUUAAUUGCAAUUCAUCUGAUCACUCUUCAUGACAUUCUGGAGUAUAUGCAAAUUGCCAUCAUCAAAACUGAGGCAGCAGACUUUGUGAAAAUUAGUAUUUGUGUCAUUCUCAAAACGUUUGACCACGACUGUACAGUCAGCAACACUCUCAGUUCAGUCAGCAUUUGGACAUCUUAUGGUUGGCUAAAGUUACCUUGUUCAAAACAGCAAUCAUUCUAGAGGUAGAUGGUUAGAGAUGAAUGUAGAUUCUGUGCAGACAAGGACAGCGCAGUCACGUGGGAGUUGAGGACCUGGUUGGCAGGGAGAGGUCAGGGGGACAUGGGGUCAUCUGCUGGGACUGGUUAGCCAAUUGCGUGCCACAGUUAAUAUGUUAAAAGCCUGUCGUUGGUCCCUCAUCCCUAUGUGUCCACAAUCACACAGGCAUUUAUUUAGACCCCUUUUUUAUUGAUUGAUUACGGAAAGUAAGAAUAGGGUUCAUGUUAUCUAUUCAUACCGUUCACCUUCAGAAAUAGCAGAGGGAAGCUCUCUUCACAAAGAUGUCCUAGGUAUCCUUUUCAUUGGUCCCUCAGGAUCCCCUCUCCAGGGAUCUGAAUCUACCCUUUCUUAUUUGUGGUCUGACAGGAGACUCAAAAGUUACGCCAUGUACAAUAAAAUUCAAUUAUAAGAUCCCAGGUGACUUUCGAUAAUAGAUCUAGAAAGAGGAAAACAAAACAAUAUUCUUAAGGAACUGUAAAUUAUACAGAAUUCUAAUUCUAUCAAAUAAAUACGUAGGUUCUUAAUUCUUAAAUCUGACAAACAGACGGGUUAUAAAUGGGUUUUAGAUUGGGUUUAUAUAUGGGUUUAUAGAUGGGUUGUACAUGGUUUUAUAGAUGGGUUAUACGGUUUAUAGAUACGUUUAUAGACGGGUUUAUAGAUGGGUUUAUAGAUGGGUUAUACGGUUUAUAGAUGGGUUAUACAGUUUAUAGAUAAGUUUAUAGAUGGGUUUAUAGACGGGUUUAUACAUGGGUUAUAGAUGUGUAAUUGAUGGUUAUACGGUUUAUAGAUGGGUUUAUAGAUGUGUGAUGGAUGGGUUUAUAGAUGUGUUAUGGAUGGGUUUAUAGAUAGGUUUAUAGAUGUGUUAUGGAUGGGUUAUAUGGUUUAUAGAUGGGUUUAUAGAUGUGUUAUGGAUGGGCUAUAGAUGUGUUAUGGAUGGGUUAUAGAUGUAUUAUGGAUGGGUUUAUAGAUGUGUUAUGGAUGGGUUUAUAGAUGUGUUAUGGAUGGGUUUAUAGAUAGGGUUAUGGAUGGGUUAUAGAUGUGUUAUGGAUGGGUUUAUAGAUGUGUUAUGGAUGGGUUAUAGAUGUGUUAUGGAUGGGUUUAUAGAUGUGUUAUGGAUGGGUUAUAGAUGUGUUAUGGAUGGGUUUAUAGAUAGGUUUAUAGAUGUGUUAUGGAUGGGUUAUAUGGUUUAUAGAUGGGUUUAUAGAUGUGUUAUGGAUGGGCUAUAGAUGUGUUAUGGAUGGGUUUAUAGAUGUGUUAUGGAUGGGUUUAUAGAUAGGUUUAUAGAUGUGUUAUGGAUGGGUUAUAUGGUUUAUAUAUGGGUUUAUAGAUGUGUUAUGGAUGGGCUAUAGAUGUGUUAUGGAUGGGUUAUAGAUGUAUUAUGGAUGGGUUUAUAGAUGUGUUAUGGAUGGGUUAUAGAUGUGUUAUGGAUGGGUUUAUAGAUAGGGUUAUGGAUGGGUUAUAGAUGUGUUAUGGAUGGGUUUAUAGAUGUGUUAUGGAUGGGUUAUAGAUGUGUUAUGGAUGGGUUUAUAGAUGUGUUAUGGAUGGGUUAUAUGGUUUAUAGAUGGGUUUAUAGAUGUGUUAUGGAUGGGCUAUAGAUGUGUUAUGGAUGGGUUUAUAGAUGUGUUAUGGAUGGGUUAUAGAUGUGUUAUGGAUGGGUUUAUAGAUAGGGUUAUGGAUGGGUUAUAGAUGUGUUAUGGAUGGGUUUAUAGAUGGUUUAUAGAUGUGUUAUGGAUGGGUUAUAGAUGUGUUAUGGAUGGGUUUAUAGAUAGGUUUAUAGAUGUGUUAUGGAUGGGUUAUAAGGUUUAUAGAUGGGUUUAUAGAUGUGUUAUGGAUGGGCUAUAGAUGUGUUAUGGAUGGGUUAUAGAUGUGUUAUGGAUGGGUUUAUAGAUAGGUUUAUAGAUGUGUUAUGGAUGGGUUAUAAGGUUUAUAGAUGGGUUUAUAGAUGUGUUAUGGAUGGGCUAUAGAUGUGUUAUGGAUGGGUUAUAGAUGUGUUAUGGAUGGGUUUAUAGAUAGGGUUAUGGAUGGGUUUACAGAUGUGUUAUGGAUGGGUUUAUAGAUAGGUUUAUAGAUGUGUUAUGGAUGGGUUAUAGAUAGGUUUAUAGAUGUGUUAUGGAUGGGUUUAUAGAUGUGUUAUGGAUGGGUUUAUAGAUAGGGUUAUAGAUGUGUUAUGGAUGGGUUUAUAAAUGUGUUAUGGAUGGGUUUAUAGAUAGGUUUAUAGAUGUGUUAUGGAUGGGUUAUAAGGUUUAUAGAUGGGUUUACAGAUGUGUUAUGGAUGGGUUUGUGAUGCAUGAAUCUUGAUGAAGGUGUGAUACUGUAAACAAUCCUGAACAAGCCUAUUUCCAGUAUUACUGCAUGAGCAAGCCAAUGCUGUUUAUAACAUAUCAGAUAUCCUAACUACUACGGCAUGCAGUGUGCAGCUGGCAGGGGUGUUUGUUUGGGUAUUGCUGUGAAUCUAAGCUGUGAUGUGCCAAAGUCAGAGGUAAUCUGUGGGAGGUUAGCUCCAGGGACUAACACUGGGAAGUUAGUUUUACUGCAGGAAAGUUGGCGAGAGCCUGGGACUUUAUGAUCUGCAGUACACAUCAACUUCAUAUCCGAAGCAUUAUGUGGCGGAAGCAUAAUAAAGAUGUGUGUGAUUUCCACCGCAGUAUUCUUCUAUUCUAUUAGAGUUUUAGAAUUUCUUGGUGGUUGGACGUACCAUCACUCUGUACAGCACUGGCCCAUUGUGAUACUAUUGUUGUGAUUUCCCUUAUGGAUCUUCUUCCUGUCUCUCACUGUCUUCCUCUCUAGUUUGUGUCCCAGCCAAACUGCCAGCAGCUCCUGGCCACCCUAUGGUACGACGGUUUCCCGGGGUGGCGCAGACGCCACUGGGCGGUCAAGCUGGUCACCUGCUUCACCAUCGGCCUCCUCUUCCCCAUCUUCUCCCUGGUCUACCUGCUGGCCCCCAAGAGCACCCUGGGCCUCUUCAUCAAGAAGCCCUUCAUCAAGUUCAUCUGCCACACAGCCUCCUACAUGACUUUCCUCUUCUUCCUCCUCCUGGCCUCCCAGCACAUCGUGAGAACAGACCUGCACGUCCAAGGCCCACCGCCCACCGUGGUGGAGUGGAUGAUCCUUCCCUGGGUGCUGGGUGAGCAGAGGGGUGGUGUGGGGGGUGAGAAGGUGACCGGGGAGAGCUAACUCUGUCGUUAGAAACCACUCUAACAGUUUCUAACUUGUAAUUGGGUGGAUAUUGAGAAAUUCAGUGCUGUAUUUGCUGCAGUUGAUCUGUUGAUCUGAUUUGGACUAGUUGUACAUUUACACUGUAAAACUAUUGUGACAGAUGACAUUAAUUGCAUUAAUUGCAGUGUGCAAUGCCACAUGUCUUACUGACUGACGCCUGUCUGCCCUUCAGGCUUCAUCUGGGCUGAGAUAAAGGAGAUGUGGGAUGGAGGUUUCACUGAGUACGUCCAUGACUGGUGGAACCUGAUGGACUUUGCCAUGAACUCUCUCUACUUGGCCACUAUCUCACUCAAAAUAGUUGCUUACUUCAAGGUAAGUCACACCUGUAUUUUUUCUAGAUGAGUUGAUGAUAUUGUUAAGAAAUUCCUGUCUAUUUAUUCUUGCCCACUUAUACAUUCCUAUAUGACCAUGGCCUUCUGACACGUAAGCUUAACAGUGUCAGUUGCUAGAGUAGAGGCGACGCGUAGAGAGAUGAGCGAGAUGCGAGCGAUAGAGGAGAAGAGAGAGAGAGGCGAGAUGAGAGCGAGAGAGGCGAGAAGAGAGAGAGAGAGAGGAGCGAGCGAGAGAGAGAGAGAGCGAGAGCGAGAGAGAGCGGAGUAGAGAGAGCGAGAGAGAGAGCGAUGCGAUCUCUAGAUGAUAUCCUAUACUAUCUCUGCUUCUCUCUCUUCUCGCUCUCUCUUCUUCUCUCUCUCUCGCUCGUCCUCUCUCUCUCUCUCCUCUCUACAACAGCACUCUCUCUCUCCUCACCACAACUCUCUCUCAAUUCAAUUUAAGGGCUUUAUUGGCAUGGGAAACAUAUGUUUACAUUGCCAAAGCAAGUGAAAUAGAUAAUAAACAAAAGUGAAAUAAACAAUAAAAAAAUGAAAAGUAAACAUUACACUCACAAAAGUUCCAAAAGAAUAAAGACAUUUCAAAUGUCAUAUUAUGUGCAAAUAGUUAAAGUACAAAAGGGAAAAUAAAUAAACAUAAAUAUGGGUUGUAUUUACAAUGGUGUUUGGUCUUCACUGGUUGCCCUUUUCCUGUGGCAACAGGUCACAAAUCUUGCUGCUGUGAUGGCACACUGUGGUGUUUCACCCAAUAGAUAUGGGAGUUUAUCAAAAUUGGUUUUCUUUUCGAAUUCUUUGUGGGUCUGUGUAAUCUGAGGGAAAUAUGUGUCUCUAAUAUGGUCAUACAUUUGGCAGGAGGUUAGGAAGUGCAGCUCAGUUUCCACCUCAUUUUGUGGGCAGUGUGCACAUAGCCUGUCUUCUCUUGAGAGCCAGAUCUGCCUACGGCGGCCUUUCUCAAUAGCAAGGCUAUGCUCUGAGUCUGUACAUAGUCAAAGAUUUCCUUAAUUUUGGGUCAGUCACAGUGGUCAGGUAUUCUGCCACUGUGUACUCUCUGUUUAGGGCCAAAUAGCAUUAUAGUUUGCGCUGUAUUUUUGUUAAUUCUUUCUAAUGUGUCAAGCAAUUAUCUUUUUGUUCUCUCAUGAUUUGGUUGGGUCUAUUUGUGUUGCUGUCCUGAGGCUCUGUGGGGUCUGUUUGUGUUUGUGAACAGAGCCCCAGGACCAGCUUGCUUAGGGGACUCUUCUCCAGGCUCAUCUCUCUGUAGAUGAUGGCUUUGUUAUGGAAGGUUUGGGAAUCAUUUCCUUUUAAGUGGUUGUAGAAUUUAACGGCUCUUUUCUGGAUUUUGAUAAUUCUGAGAGGGCAACCAGUGGGCCCGUCUCCUCUAUACCAUGUUUCUUGAAGGAUGACAAUGUCUAUAUUUCUGAUUCCUUUGCUGAAGUCCAGGUUCCUGCUCUUUAGGCCAAAGGCAGAUGACCUCAGGCCUUGGAUAUUCCAGGAUGAGAUAGUGAAGGCUUUGUGUUCCAUAAAGUAUCCAAUGUUGUUAGUCAUGUGGUUUGGCCUCAGACCAGUAAGUGUGAGCAGAGCCUGCUGAGCAUCUGGUACAUGCCAUUGGCUUGGGCUAGUAUAAGAAUGGGGGUUGGGCCUGUUUGCCUGCUCACGGCCUGGGCGUAUGUGUGACUUUCAGGUCUGGGAGAGUGUCUCGCUGGUCUGGGCGGGGUGUCUGUUGAUCUGUUGCUCCUGUGUGAUGUGUUGGGACUGCGGUUGAGGGCAUUGUCCUUUAGGUUCUGGGCGAAGGUGGGCAUUGCUGCCUUGUAUAGGUGAACCUGGUUGUAAAGGCUGUUCAAGUCCAGUGUGGAGUGGUGGGCCAGGUAAACAUUUGGUUUUGAGGUACAGUCGUGGGAAAUACAUGCAUUUACCUGCUGUAUGGUAGCAGGGUGGAAGUCUCUCUCGCUCUCUCUCUCUCUCUGUCUUCUCCACAACAGUACAAUAGCUGUCUCUCUCUCUUCUCUCCACAAUAGUACAACAGCUCUCGGCCACGGGAGGAGUGGGAGAUGUGGCACCCAACGCUGAUAGCUGAGGCCCUGUUUGCUAUCGCCAACAUCUUCAGCUCCCUGCGCCUCAUCUCCUUGUUCACUGCCAACUCCCACCUGGGGCCUCUGCAGAUCUCCCUGGGACGCAUGCUGCUGGACAUCCUCAAGUUCCUCUUCAUCUACUGCCUGGUGUUGUUGGCCUUUGCCAAUGGACUCAAUCAGCUGUACUUCUACUAUGAGACCAAGGCUUCGGAUGAACCCAACAACUGCAAGGGCAUCCGCUGUGAGAAGCAGAACAACGCCUUCUCUACGUGAGUCAUCUAAUUUCAGACGCCUUGUCCUGGGGAUAUGAGAAUGGAGAACGACAAAUACUGUAUAAUGACUAAAGGAGGGUUUUGGAUAGACAGAAAGAAGAGUGUAUAGAGAGAUAGGCGGGACGAGUACAUUCUGAGACAAGGAAGGGAGUGAAGAGGUAGAGGACAGGGUAAAGGAAGGAGGGUAAAGGAAGGAGCUUGAAAUAAAUUGAGAGUGGAGAAGAGACAGAAUAUGAAGAGAUGUGAAUAGACAGAACUGUUUGGGAAGGAGGUUUGGAAUAGGAGCAGGAAGAGGGUGGUAGAUUUGGAAUAGGAGUAGGAAGAGGGUGGUAGGUUUGGAAUAGGAGCAGGAAGAUGUGUCAGGUACAAAACAGGGUCUUAUACUCCAAUACCUAUUACAAUAGAAAAGCCCUUUUUCAUUUGUCCCGAGGUUUCACAGAGAAACCUACAGUAUGCACAUAAUCCUCUCCCUUUCCCGUAAUGAAUAAAAUAUUUGCAGUGUACCAAAUCUCAUCCGCUUCCUCCAGCCCCUGAGUCAUUCUGGAGACUGAGCAGUUUGCAUCUCUCGCCUCAAUCUGUUUUUGGAGGUUUUAGUGGCUCAUUGAGUUACUGUAAUGCAAAAUAUCGGUUUAGGAUUCAUUCUUUGUUGGCAUCUCUGCAUUUGCAGCUUACAGGGCUAUGGUAAUCGUUUGUGGCUCAUCAAAGUCCAAAUGAAGGUUAUUGUAGAAAACACAAAACUCAAAGAAAGUCUCCCUCUGUCUCUGUUUCUUGUUCUUUCCCAGGCUGUUUGAGACGCUGCAAUCCCUGUUCUGGUCGAUAUUCGGCCUGCUCAACUUGUACGUGACCAACGUGAAGGCACGCCAUGAGUUCACAGAGUUUGUGGGAGCCACCAUGUUCGGUACCUACAACGUUAUCUCCCUGGUGGUGCUGCUCAACAUGCUUAUCGCCAUGAUGAAUAACUCCUAUCAGCUCAUUGCUGUGAGUCACACACACACACAAGCACACACACACAUACACACAUACACACACGCACACCAAAAACCCCACACACUCAGCCGUCUGCUAGCUCCUUUAUUAUGGGAACUCACAGCCCACUGGGCACACUCUGGUUGGAUCAGCGUUGUUUCCACGUCAUUUCAAUUAAAUUACGUUGAACCAAUGCUGAAUAGACAUUGAAUUGACGUCUGCAUCCAGUGGGAAGGCCCUUCCCAUCUUUUUUGUGGAGUUUUUGCCGGUGCUUAUGGGUAAAGACUUUGGUAUGCAAAAGACGAAUGAUGAUCACUGCUUCUGUUGCAUGAUGAGCAUGCGUCUCUUGCAGUUGAUCUCCAGAAGUUAUGCCAAGCGUCUCUCACUCUCUGCAGGAAUAAGAACCGGAAGAGUAAUUGUCAUAAAAUGUAUUGUAGAUCAUGAAGGUCUUAUUGAAGGUGAUCGUCUUUACCUCAGAGAGUCUGUAUUUUUCUGGUGCACAGAGACAUAGUAUUAUCCCUUAUUGAAGGUGAUGGUCUUUACCUCAGAGAGUCUGUAUUUUUCCGGUGCACAGAGACAUAGUAUUAUCCCUUAUUGUAAACUUUCUGCCAGAUGUAAGCUGAUGAUAGAGGCCUUCCACCCAACGUGUCACUCUCCCUGGGAGCUGUGGGAGAAGUACACAACACACACACACACACAAACACACACACACACACACAUACACACACACACAAACAAACACACACCGAAAUAGAAAACACAAAAACACACACAAACAAACACACACAUACACAAACAAACACACAAACACAAAUAUACACACAAACAAGCACACAUACACAAACACACAAACAAGCACACACACACACAAACAAACACACACAAACAAACACACACAUACACACACACAAAAACACAUACACACAAACACACAUACACACAAACAAACACACACACACCUACACACACACAAACAAACAAACAAACACACACACACAAACACACACAAACAAACACACACACAAGCACACAGAUCCUUUGAUCAACCAACCAAACCCCUACCCCUCCCCUCAGACCACAGCUCAUUGCCUAAGGCAUAUCUAUGGAAGGGGAGACAGGAUGUCACAACAGGAUGAGGAAACAAGUUAUUUCAAGCAGAUUAAAUGUUAUUUUAGCCCUGCUAUUAAGUGGGUUUUCAUCACUCUCAGUGAUAAUGAUGGUGAUUGAAUAGGAUGUAAGAGAGUUUCAAUUCUGCUAGUGAAUACUCCACCUCCUUUAAUAUCUAAAUGCCCUUGUACAGGACCAUGCAGACAUUGAAUGGAAGUUUGCCCGCACCAAGCUGUGGAUGAGUUAUUUUGACGAGGGAGGAACUCUCCCGCCGCCCUUCAACAUCGUCCCCAGCCCCAAGUCAGUGUGGUAUCUGUGUGUGUGGAUGCACAACCGCCUGUGUGGAGGGGACCAGCCCAGCCCUGAUGACCUGAGGAAACACGAGAACUUAAAGGAGUUCACGGUAAAACAUUUAGAAACCUGUACAGUCAAUAUAGUAUACAGUGUAAACACAUUCACUACAUUUUCACCAGGCAGUUUCCUUUUGCUGUGUCAUAUCAGAGAAUAACAGGAUGCUAACUCUCUUUCAUGUGAUUGGUUUCACCGUUGUCCUGUUCUUCUAUUUCCAUAUAAUAACCAAACAGGAUCCUUGCCUGUAAAUGUUAUGGAGAGAUUUACAAUAGUGUUGGGGCUAUCAGUGUUUGGCCCAGCUGGGAUGUUACUGACGAGGGGCUGCAUAUCCUGGUUGUCCAGCUUCCAGCUGCAGUGAGCAGGCACAUGUUGCCAAGCAACCCUGCCUCAUGCUCCCAAUUCCCUGGACAUUUCCCAUUCAGCUGAACUUCUCACCUCUACCAGCAGCAAUCGCCUGUUCUACCGUUCUACUGUUCUACUCCACACUCCUGCUAACACACAGGCACCCACGUUGCCUUCACCCACUCACCAAACACAUGUUUUGGGAUAUAACAUUGUAUAAUAACUCAUAUGCACCCUUUUAGAUCAGUAGUAUGGUUUGAAGUGGAGAAAAUGUAGCAGAACAAAGCCAGAAAUAACCAUUGUAUGGGUGCAUCUAAUUGAACAGAUUAGAAUAAGCCAUGCAAUACAUAAAAACUGUGGUGGUCAUUGAAUUAAUUGACUGCUAAUUACUACUGUCUUUUUCAUUGCUCUAAAAUAAAUAAAUAGUUCCAUUUGAGCCCGCUCCAUAUUAAUGCAAACCUUUUCUACAGCUGAUAACGAAGGCAAUGCAUAUACAGUGCCUUCGGAAAGUAUUCAGACCCCUUGACUUUUUCAACAUUUUGUUACGUUACAGCCUUAUUCUAAAAUGGAUUAAAUGAAAAAUGUUCCUCAUCAAUCUACACACAAUACCCCAUAAUGACAAAGUGAAAACAGGUUUUUAGAAAUGUUGGCAAAUGUAUUAAAUAUAAAAAACAGAAAUACCUUAUUACAUAAGUAUGCAGACCCUUCACUAUGAGACUCGAAAUUGAGCUCAGGUGCAUCCUGUUUCCAUUGAUCAUCCUUGAGAUGUUUCUACAACUUGAUUGGAGUCCACCUGUGGUAAAUUCAAUUGAUUGGACAUUAUCUGGAAAGGCAUACAACUGUCUAUAUAAGGUCCCACAGUUGACAGCGCAAGUCAGAGCAAAAACCAAGCCAUGAGGUCGAAGGAAUUGUCCGUAGAGCGCCGAGACAGGAUUGUGUCGAGGCACAGACCUGGGGAGGGGUACAAAACAAUUUCUGCAGCGUUGAAGGUCCCCAGGAACACAUUGGCCUCCAUUAUUCUUUAAAUUGACAAAGUUUGGAACCACCAAGACUCUUCCUAGAGCUGGCUGCCCGGCCAAACUGAGCAAUCGGGAGAGAAGGGCCUUGGUCAGGGAGGUGACCAAGAACCCGAUUGUCACUCUGACAAAGCUCUAGAGUUCCUCUGUGGAGAUGGGAGAACCGUCCAGAAGGACAACCAUCUCUGCAGGACUCCACCAAUCAGGCCUUUAUGGUAGAGUGGCCAGACGGAAGCCACUCUUCAGUAAAAAGGCACAUGACAGCCCACUUGGGAGUUUGCCAAAAUGUACCUAAAGACUGUCAAACCAUGAGAAACAAGAUUCUCUGGUCUGAUGAAACCAAGAUUGAACUCUUUGGCCUGAAUGCCAAGCGUCACGUCUGGAGGAAACCUGGCACCAUCUCUACGGUGAAGCAUGGUGGUGGCAGCAUCAUCCUGUGGGGAUGUUUUUCAGUGGCAGAGACUAGGAGACUAGUCAGGAUUGAGGGAAAGAACGGAGCAAAGUACAGAGAGAUCCUUGAUGAAAACCUGCUCCAGAGCGCUCAGGACCUCAGGACAACGACCUUAAGCACACAGCCAAGACAAUGUAGGAGUGGCUUCGGGAUAAGUCUCUGAAUGUCCUUGAGUGGGCCAGCCAGAGCCCGGACUUGAACCCGAUCUAACAUCUCUGGAGAGACCUGAAAAUAGAUGUGCAGCGACGCUCCCCAUCCAAUCUGACAGAGCUUGAGAGGAUCUGCAGAGAAGAAUGGGAGAAAUUCCCCAAAUACAGGUGUGCCAAGCUUGUAGCAUCAUACCGAAGAAGACUCGAUGCUGUAAUCGCUGCCAAAGGUGCUUCAACAAAGUACUGCAGGGUCUGAAUACUUAUGUAAAUGUGAUAUUUAAGUUUAGUAUUUUUAAUAAAUUAGCAAACAUUUCUAAAAACCAGUUUUUGCUUUGUCAUUAUGGGGUAUUGUGUGUAGAUCGAUGAGGGGGAAAAACGAUUUAAUCAAUUUUAGAAUAAGGCUGUAACCUAACAAAAUGUGGAAAAAGUCAAGAGGUCUGAAUACUUUACAAAGGCACUGUAUAUGUAUGUAUAUAAAUUCCUUAGGUCUUUAACCACUGUUCAGAACAUGUGUAUUUACGUCACUCUCACAGUGUAACAUGUAGCAGCAGAGAAACCAGUAGAGUGAUACUAAUAUAUCUGGGCUGUUGAUAGAAAUUCUACACAUGAACAAAUGUCAUUCGAUUCUUCUGCUUUUUAUGUGGUUCUAGGAGCGUCAUGCUGACAACCUGAUUCAGAACCAGCACUAUCAGGUAACUGGCUGCUGUCAUAACAACCAUGGACAGGAGUGUCUGCACAUCUCUCACACACACGCACACAAACACCUCUUAUUGUUGAGCCGGAUCCGUGACAUUUGUUUACCGUGCAAAACAUUUGUGCUGCACAUGUUUAUUAGAAUAUAUUACACUGUUGACCGUGUAGCAGAGUGGGAGACAGAAUAUAUUACUAAUCUGUUGACCUUGUAGCGGGGGGGGGGGGGGGGAACAGGUGUCCUUGAGUUACUGGAUGUAUCGUCGUCAUGGUGCUGGUGAGCUUGGUGGCAGGUUAGAUUUUAUCCCAGACAUACAGUAUGUUCAUUUGCUUAUCAGUCCGUCCUCGCCACAGUAAUUGCAAUUAGCCCAACCUUUGGCGGCCCUCCUCUCCUCCCCUUCACCAAGGCAAGGCCUUGUGCUGCUGGGGCUCCCCUGGUGACCUCUAACACCAAGCAGACUAAGCCAGACUCAAAUGCUUUGACUGGAGCCUGCGCUGUCUAAUGAACAUACUUUAUCAAGGAAUAUAGCUGCAGCUCUAAAUGAAUGAGAUUGGGGAAUAGGGCAGAACCUAUCAGAGAAAGGGGGGCUCUGAGGCAACCCUUUGUGCAUGUGGUGAGGUGAGGGGUACCCUUCCAUAGUGCAGAUUGUUAGAUCAAAUAUACAAGCACCUCCACAAAUAUCCUCCUUCACAAUAAAUUGAACGGAGUUGUUUAUUCGCAAAAUAAUCCAUCUGUAAAAGAAACAGGUUUGAUUGGUCCAUUGUCUCCUGAACAUGCAAAGUUAUGCCUGUCCAGAUUUUCACCUCAAGCUAAUACAUACAGUGGGGAAAAAAAGUAUUUAGUCACCCACCAAUUGUGCAAGUUCUCCCACUUAAAAAGAUGAGAGAGGCCUGUAAUUUUCAUCAUAGGUACACGUCAACUAUGACAGACAAAUUGAGAAGAAAAAAAAAUCACGAAAAUCCCAUUGUAGGAUUUUUAAUGAAUUUAUUUACAAAUUAUGGUGGAAAAUAAGUAUUUGGUCACCUACAAACAAGCAAGAUUUCUGGCUCUCACAGACCUGUAACUUCUUCUUUAAGAGGCUCCUCUGUCCUCCACUCGUUACCUAUAUUAAUGGCACCUGUUUGAACUUGUUAUCAGUAUAAAAGACACCUGUCCACAACCUCAAACAGUCACACUCCAAACUCCACUAUGGCCAAGACCAAAGAGCUGUCAAAGGACACCAGAAACAAAAUUGUAGACCUGCACCAGGCUGGGAAGACUGAAUCUGCAAUAGGUAAGCAGCUUGGUUUGAAGAAAUCAACUGUGGGAGCAAUUAUUAGGAAAUGGAAGACAUACAAGACCACUGAUAAUCUCCCUCGAUCUGGGGCUCCACGCAAGAUCUCACCCCGUGGGGUCAAAAUGAUCACAAGAACGGUGAGCAAAAAUCCCAGAACCACACGGGGGGACCUAGUGAAUGACCUGCAGAGAGCUGGGACCAAAGUAACAAAGCCUACCAUCAGUAACACACUACGCCGCUAGGGACUCAAAUCCUGCAGUGCCAGACGUGUCCCCCUGCUUGAGCCAGUACAUGUCCAGGCCCGUCUGAAGUUUGCUAGAGUGCAUUUGGAUGAUCCAGAAGAGGAUUGGGAGAAUGUCAUAUGGUCAGAUGAAACCAAAAUAGAACUUUUUGGUAAAAACUCAACUCGUCGUGUUUGGAGGACAAAGAAUGCUGAGUUGCAUCCAAAGAACACCAUACCUACUGUGAAGCAUGGGGGUGGAAACAUCAUGCUUUGGGUGUCAUGGGGUGCUGAAGGUGGGUGUGGUGCAGGAAUCAAGCGCAGGACGCAGAAGCUAAGUCCAAAAGACUUUAGUGAGUUAUUCACGUAGUACACGAGAACAAUAAGCCCGGAGGCGAAAUAACGGCGCACACAGGCGUCAAACAAACGGCGCACUAACAUGUGCGAAAACCUCUCCAAACACGGAGGGAAGAAUACGUAGCUCCGAACACCAACAGAGGAGCAAUCACACACAACACCAUGCACACACAACGAGAACUAAAUAGGACACUAACGAGGACUAACUAGACACAGGUGUACAACAUCCAGACAAAACCAAACGAACAUGAAACAUAGAUCGGUGGCAGCUAGUACUCCGGGGACGACGACCGCCGAAACCUGCCCGAACAAGGAGGAGCAGCCUCGGCCGAAACCGUGACAUUGGGGCUGUUUUUCUGCAAAGGGACCAGGACGUGAGAUUUUGAGUGAAAACCUCCUUCCAUCAGCAAGGGCAUUGAAGAUGAAACGUGGCUGGGUCUUUCAGCAUGACAAUGAUCCCAAACACACUGCCCGGGCAACGAAGGAGUGGCUUCGUAAGAAGCAUUUCAAGGUCCUGGAGUGGCCUAGCCAGUCUCCAGAUCUCAACCCCAUAGAAAAUCUUUGGAGGGAGUUGAAAGUCCGUGUUGCUCAGCGACAGCCCCAAAACAUCACUGCUCUAGAGGAGAUCUGCAUGGAGGAAUGGGCCAAAAUACCAGCAACAGUGUGUGAAAACCUUGUGAAGACAUGCAGAAAACGUUUGACCUGUGUCAUUGCCAACAAAGGGUAUAUAACAAAGUAUUGAGAAACUUUUGUUAUUGACCAAAUACUUAUUUUCCACCAUAAUUUGCAAAUAAAUUAUUUUUUUCUCAUUUUGUCUGUCAUAGUUGACGUGUACCUAUGAUGAAAAUUACAGGCCUCUCUCAUCUUUUUAAGUGGGAGAACAUGCACAAUUGGUGGCUGACUAAAUACUUUUUUCCCCCACUGUAUGUCAUGAAUAUGCCUAAACAGUUUUUCCUUGUUAAACCCAAAAUGCAAAUAUAUGCAUGUAAGGAAGGAAGAACCACUUUACCCACAUCUCAGAACAUUUCCUCCUUAGGGAGGUACAAGUCUAGAAAAAUAGCUUACAAGGAAAAAUAUUCUAGUUUGUUAAAUGUGCCCAUAACUUCAGUAUUCAUUACAUACUGUAGUAGUAGGGUAUGUAAUGUGAUUGUUUCUCUGCUGUGACUGUCUCUAUGUGCAGGAGGUGAUCAGGAACCUGGUGAAGAGGUAUGUAGCAGCCAUGAUCCGCAGUGCUAAGACAGACGAGGGACUGACUGAGGAGAAUUUUAAGGUAGUUUUCUCAGAAGUCUCGUAUUUAAACGUUCAUCCCCAAAAUGUGCCUCUAUACCACAGUCAUAGAGCAAUAUCUAACUGUCCCUCAUUGUUCAUCUCUCUAUCCCCCUCUUAACUGAUCUCUCCAUCCUCUCUAUCCCCCUCUUAACUGAUCUGAAGGAGCUGAAGCAGGACAUCUCCAGUUUCCGCUAUGAGGUGUUGGAUCUGCUGGGGAACAGGAAGCCCCCGCGGAGAACUUAUUCAUCCAGCAGUGAGGCGACUCAGCAAGACGAGGCCAACAAGGAGGGGGAGGGAGGGGCCGGACAGGGUCAGUCCAGGGACCAAGGGGCCAAGGGGGUGUCCUUCAGCAUGUCAACCGCUGAGAGGAAGAGCAAGGACUCUGAGUUCAGUGUCUCCGCCCUCUUUAAGUCCAUGUCAGGGGUGGAGGGGCCAGUGGACAACAAACCAAAGUGCAAUGGGCUGCGGUUCUCCUCCUCCUCCCCCUCCUCUGCUGCGUUCAGCCGCAGUGGUGGCCGGCUGCAGUCCAAGAGAGACUCCAUCAGGAGGCUGGGCCUGCUCUUCUCCCGCAUGAACGGACACGUCCCAGAACCCAGGGCCCCUCCUCCCAGCAUGCACCAGCCCACCUUUAGCAUCUCAGAUGGCCUGCUUCGUCAGCCCACAACCUGGCCGGACGUCCAUAUCCCCCGCAAUCCCCAGGUUACACGCAGCCAGUUCCACCUGGACCGGCUGGGGGUGAACCUGAAAGAGGAACCACAGGCCCAAGCCCCUAACCAGGCCCCACCCCAGGGUUCACCCCAGCAGGCUAACGGGAGUGACAGCCUGCUCCUACGGCCCCUGGGCCACUUACCACCGCCCCCGGGCCUCUCCCUGCCGCCCCUGCACUGUGCUUCCAGCAUCAGGGCCUCCAGCUCCCAGGCUGUCCUCCUGGGCUCUAGUGAGGACAUGUACGAGGGCUGGAUAGGACCAUGUGAUGAGUUGGACUCUUCUGAGUGGGGGGCUGAGCAGGAGGACUCCAUCACCACACAGCUUUAG